CUGUUCGAUAUUCACUGACCCAACUACCGGAUGAUUUAGCCAGGACUCAGUGACAUUUCACUGCACCUACAAAUAUAUAUAUGGAAUCUUACAGAGACAACAAGAAGCAAGGACAGGGAAAACAAUAGGCUUACAUGAGCUCGUCACAAAGGAUAUUGAAUAUAUAAAAGGUCGCAUUUCGGUCAAUGCUCGCUCCAUUUGUUAUGGUUUAUCAAUCCGUUGACCUAUAAGGUCGAUGUGCAGUUUCAACUCUUAAAGAUGCCGAGGGCAAGAUUCUUCAAACCAAAACGUAAUGACAUCAUUAGUGAGAUUUCAAGUCCCACUAACGUUGUUAAACAUGUACAUGUUACUUACGACCAAGAGACAGGGCAGUUCCAUGGGAUACCUGAUUACUGGAAAGAAAUGAUAGACAAUUCUAAUUUCUCAGUCGAAGACCGAAAAAACAAUGCGGAUAAAAUUCUUAACGCUGUGACCGCUUUCAAAGAGUCUCAAAAAACUAAGUACUUGGGUUUUGAGGGCUUGGAAAGUGUUGAUGAAGAUGAUGAGUUGGAAAGGAAAAUGCGAUUGUUUAUUCUGAACCCAAAAGAAGAAAAAGACAGUACAAGUGCCGCAUCAACUCAUCCAAAAGUCAAGCCUACUGUGCAUCUAAUUGAAAGGAAAAAUGGUGCUCUCACUCCUCCUGUACCUCCACCGAAGCCAUCUGCCAGUGAUUCAAAUAAACAAGCAGCCCCCUUGCUCCGCAAACGUGUUCGCAGGAAACUCACAGAUGAGGAGUUCUAUUCAGAAUUAAAUUCCGUGAUAACUCCUGGGAACCCUCGCGACGUGUAUUCUGUCGAAAGUGAACUUGGUACAGGUGCUUCAGGUACCGUUCGACUUGGUCGAAAUAAAAAAACAGGACAAAUUGUAGCUGUCAAAGUGAUGAAACUAGAUAAACAGCCCAAUCGCGAUUUAAUUGUUUCCGAAAUCGCUGUCAUGAAGCGCAUACAGCAUGAAAAUAUUGUUAAUUACUUAGCAUCCUAUUUAUUAAGAAAUGAAAAUCAGCUAUGGGUUGUGAUGGAAUACCUGGACGGUGGUGCACUGACAGAUGUAGUCACUGAGACUGUCAUGGCCCCAGACGUAAUCGCCGCUGUUGUUCGGGAAUGUGUAAAAGCCUUGGUAUUUCUACAUGAUCAAAAUAUAAUACAUAGGGAUAUAAAAUCCGACAAUGUACUGCUUGGAAAACAGGGUCAAGUCAAGGUAACCGAUUUCGGAUUUUGUGCUCAGCUCGGCAACCGUCAAAGUAAACGCCAAACUAUGGUUGGGACUCCUUAUUGGAUGGCUCCUGAAGUUGUUUCGAAAACUGCAAAUUAUGGGCCGAAAAUCGACAUUUGGUCACUUGGUAUUAUGAUUAUUGAAAUGUUGGAUGGAGAACCACCUUACAUGAAUGAGCCUCCACUAAAAGUAUGUUAAACCAUUUAUUUACCACAUUGUGCAACUGAUGAAAGUAUUUAUUUUUUUAGAUUAUCUAGGCUAUUACUGUUCGACCGUAGAGCCUAGGGAAACUCGCCAUUUGCUCAGGAAGACAUGUCGUUUGCUGAUGACUAAGAUGUCCGUUCAUGAAUACUUCAUUUGAAAAAGACCAAUUUAUGAGAGUUUCUUCCGCUCAAGCAUUGCACCUCUCCAAAAUGUUAUAUACUGACCUGCUUUCUUUACCCUGAGUUUAAGCUCAUUUCGUCUGAGGGUCAUUGUUAAUAAUAAGUAAAUUGUAGCCAAAAAGUACCAACCUGUGGUUUGAUUAUCGCCCACUGAAUCCAAGGUAUAGAGUUCGCCAAAUUUACUUCAACCUGGUCACUUCGAUAGUGUUUGGUCGAUGGCUUGCAACAACCAUAUCAGGUUAGCAAAAUACCCCGGUGUCGGACUAUCGAAUGCAGUGUACCAGCAAUUGACUCUACUUUCAUCAUUCUACAACCCUCAUACAUCUUAAAACUUAAAGAAAAGGUGUACAACUAUUGUUCUAGUGUCAAGAAAUAAGUCUUAGCAACCACUCCAACAUUCACUUGAGAGAUAUGACACGACGAUGGUCGAGUAUGUGCAGCCCAGUGACUCUCCUACGAGGCGUCAGGAGCAGUUUUUUUUAUCGAGAAGUCCUAAACACCAAAUAAUAUUCUGCGCCCAACCUUUGGAAAUUCAUCCGAAUUUUAACGAACCGGACUAUUUCUCUUUAUAUUUCCCGAAUGAUGAUGAUAGCAACCGAUAGAUAGAGACAUGACUCAAAAUCGUUUACAAUGGCGAAGGUGCAUCCACUCUUUGUGUUCUACCAAAUUCUAAUUCUCUAAAUUCCUUAUGUCCCUAUCUUUUUUCAAAUUUAUCUCACUGUAUUUUACUCCUUCAAACCCUAAUCUUUCACAUAAUGCUUAUACUCUUACUAUUUCCACCACUAUGGGAUUUAAAUUGACAACUUCAUCUCUGUGCUGAUGUGGUAUGGCAGCUCGAACUGAUGUACGUACGUACGAAUUUCUACGCUGUGACUGACUAUUUCCCGAAUCCGUGGUCUUUUAAAUGGCCUGUUACCUGACUGCUGAAAUACGAACACCAACAACUACAGUUUCUUCACUCUUCAAAUUCCCACUGAGACUUCAUUAAUAUACUUUUUGGCUUACAAAUAAACAAUUACCGUGGGUCUCCCCGAAAAUUGUAGGGAACAGAAGCAGUUCUAUUAUAGAGGCUUGUUGUAUGCAGCUUCAAGGUAAUCCCAUUGGGCUCCUCCGUUGCUUAACACCGAUCCAUUUUGAGACUACUUAGUCGCACCAGCUCCUAGCUUCAAUAGCCGUAAAAUUGCCCACAUACUGAACGAUUCCUAUCCACUGGUAAACAUCUUUAUCUUCGCAUGUUGGUAGUACUGCUUAAAUUUGACUAUUAAAUUUAGGUACUGUCACUAGCUUUCGCACUAAACGUGUAAGUUAAAUCCGAAUACGCUAACUUGUGUCAAUUGAUUUAACUAAGUAUCUGUUUCUGAAUCGUUUUACUCUGAGAUCGUUACUAACUCGGCUCAAUUAAAUAUAAUGUCCAGUACACCGUCCACCACAGUCUCCAAGAGAUCAAUAUGCAAUUAGAGGUGGAGCCAGAUAGGGGCGUACUAGGUUAUCUUCAGAUUCCCAUGUAGACAAGCGGAUAGUGUAAUGGCCUUCAACUACUUGUUGCUUAUCAGUAGUUCCAAACGUACUGAGACCACCUGACUCGGUUACCGUUGACAUCAACAUAAAAGUGGAUGCACAAAUCAUCAUACUCAUUACUGUUACGUGAGAUCUUCAGGAGAUUCUCACUAAUCACCUGUUCAUAUUUCGAUCAUGACCAUAUGUCUGUGGAAAAAGACAGACUACAGGAAAGUCUAUUCAUCUUCGGUUUUACGAUAACGCCAAAAAGAAAUAAGCUAAACAUUAAACUGCUGUGAGGAACAACUAAAACAGAUAACUAUAGUUGAAGGUGUCCUCCCAAUUUCAUAUGGAAUGAUUAGUGUACAAGUAUUUAUCCUGGUUGAUUACGAGCAUAGUGAAGAGUGGAAACAACCUAUACAGAUAAAUAACAAAUGAUAGUAAGUAACAAAAGCGGAAAUUGUCCAGCAUGCUUAAGGUUAUCCCAUCUUAAGAAAUGCGAAUGUAUUCAACCUUCGUAUACUGUAUAUUAUACAUUUCAUUACUCGUCAAAAUUUUAUGUGGAUAUCAUAUUUUUGUGUAUCAUAUCAUGAAUUGUGACAACUUGAGGUAAUGAGUCUUCGUUCAACAUAGGACGUUGACGUUUCUUUUUAUUAGUCACAAAACCUAAAACCGAUGAAUUAAUAGGUCUAAUCUACCCUCAAACACAAGCCGAAAUACUACUGAACUUAGUCACCUGUCACUGUUAUCGGCUUCGUUUAAAAGGGCCACAGUUAGAGUAUCUUUCAAAAUAUAGUUUGGAUGUCUAAGGUUAAUGCAGAAAACCAUAUGCAGUAUUAGUAUAAACGUGCUAACGCCUACGUCCAAUCUGUCUAAAAACAGCAAGUAUGAAAAGAUAUUUUCACCGCCUACAUUUGAAUUGUCUUUAAACAGAUUUUGCUACCAAUAUCACUUUUUGUGUUUCCUCAAACUACUAAACAUGCUGACUGUAGCAUAUUGUCUCUCAUUCUCUUGUGAACCACAUUUUAAUCUUUUUUACUAUCGCUGACACGGUACUAAUUUACAAGCUCUAAAUGUGAAUGUUUGGGGGGCACUAAUUCUUACUCCACAUUCACGCGAUAAUUUUCUACAACGGCAAGUAGUUCUAUGUAAGUAGGAGGGUUUGUUUUGUGUUACUUAUCGCAGACUAGUCACUGAUUAAAUUAGAAAGUGAAAAGGUUGCUACUACUGCGUUAUUAGUAAUCAUUGUAAAGUCUAUUUGAAUUUUAAAGUAACGGAAAUCCUUUUCGUAUUACUCAGGCAAUAUACUUAAUUCAGACAAUGGGGAAACCUAGACCAAAAACCAAGAACUUGCAUCCGAUGCUUCAAGAUUUUCUGGACAGAUGUCUAGUCGUAGAUCCUGUAAGACGAGCUUCUGCAAAGGAACUACUUAAUCACGAUCUUUUUAAGCAUGCAGGUAGCUUGUCUUCUCUUGGACCGCUUAUCCGUGCAGCACGAGAAAGCCUGGGAAAAAAAGAAUAAGGACGGAUAGCCUAACAUCUAGCACCAAUCAUGACGGGGCUAAUAAACAUCAAGUAAGCCGGAUAAUAAUUAUUAAUAUUUCUGUCUGCUUGUUCGGUUUCACAAAGAUUUCUAACAGGAAUAUCAUUUUUGUUGUUACUCAAUUUUUGCAGGUUUGAAUCUACCCUACAUCGAUAUUUUGUAUGCUUUGACUCACAUUUUACCUACAAGUCUAAUUCAGUUUUUAAUCUAGAUUAACCUGUAAUUGCUAAAUCUUGACUGCUGUCUUUUUAUUAUUUCAAUCAAGUCUUUCUGCUGCUUUGCAAAUACAUUGUGAAGCAGUUCACCCUGAUUUUUUGAAUGAUCAUUAAUAUGUAAUCUUGAUUUUUUUUCUGUAAUAGUCUACUACGCUUGGAAAAAUAAAUGUAUUAACAACUUUUUUAUAAAAGCAAUAAAUCAUUUUUGAAAUUUUUU